AUGGGAACUUCAUUUUCUGCCGUGAAGGGAGAUUUGACCAGCAACCCUCGACGACCACCACCCGGCUCGAUCCCCAUCCGUCAACAUGACUUCCGCAAGGACUGGCAGCGUCGUGUGCGUGUGCACUUCGACCAGCCCGGCCGGAAGCUCCGUCGUCGUGAGGCCCGCAUCGCUAAGGCGGCUGCCGUUGCUCCCCGUCCGGUUGACAAGCUGCGUCCCGUUGUCCGGUGCCCCACCGUCAAGUACAACCGCCGUGUCCGUGCCGGUCGUGGUUUCACCCUCGCUGAGCUCAAGGAGGCUGGCAUUCCCAAGAAGCUUGCCCGCACCGUUGGUAUCUCCGUCGACCACCGCCGUACCAACUACUCCAAGGAGUCCCUGACUGCCAAUGUCGCCCGCCUUGCUGACUACAAGGCCCGCCUGAUCCUCUUCCCCCGCAAGAGCGGUCAGUUCAAGAAGCUCGACUCCUCUGCCGAGGAUGUCAAGGCCGUCAAGGAGACCGUCGCCAAGGGCGAGCGUGAGGGCAUCGCCACCCGCGUCGAGGCCACCUUCCCCAUCACCAACCCCACCGCCGCCGAGGCCGUCACCGAGGUCAAGCGUGACUCCCUCCCCAAGGGUGAGGAGGCUGCCUACCGCCGUCUCCGUGAGGCCCGCGCUGAGGCCCGCUACCGCGGCAUGCGCGAGAAGCGUGCUAAGGCCAAGGCUGAUGACGAGGCUGCCGCCAAGAAAUAA